AAACAUUAGAGGAUCCCCACAUGUUCCAAAUGUGAGCCGAGGUGCUGUGUCUCCUGCAAGCUCAGUGCGUGUUUGCUGGAAGGAAUCUCAGAAAAAAAUUCAAAGUAAACAGUCUGAAAAGGAAAUCAAAAUGAGUAAUGUGGUUUCAGAAAUUGUGGUUGAGACAGUUGCGAAUAAAAAGGAUCCAGCAUCUCAACAGCUCACUUCUAAGGCCCCUCAGAAAGAUGCACCAAAUUUACAGAAACACGCGAAAUUUGGAGCUUUUAUUUUACCUACACCAGAUGUAGCUCUUGAUUACAGUCAAGAAUUAGAAAGGAAAAGGCAGAAAAAUCUUAUUGGACAACUAAAGGCUGCUGAAUCGCACAAUAAGAUACACAAUAUGCGAUUACGUUAUCGAAAAAUGAGAGCUGCAGAAAUAAAUCAUUUGAUAUUAUCUCAGCCAACAGCCAGACAGGCUAUCCGUCUAGAGGCCCUUCUUCCACCAUGGCAAGAAAAAAUUCACUUCAAAGAUACCUUGGAUAAAUUGGAGGUAAGUUUUGCACAAGUGAAGACCGCGAGUCCUUCCAGCAUGGAAAGAGAUAAGGCCUAA